UCACGUCCUGUAAACAUGGCGGCAGCUGUUUUUUGGAGGAGAGCAGAACUUCUGAGAUGCGUUCAGACUUCCGCUCAGAGGUCAUGGCUCCACAGCUCAGCAGCUCUUCAUCAGCAGGCUCCUCCUCUUCCUCCUCAGUCGAGGUUCUUCCCUCCGUCCGAAGGCGUCAUGCUGCCGGCAGGAAGUUACAAAGACAGAGUGGCGUUCAUCACGGGGGGCGGGACCGGGCUGGGCCGCGCCAUGACGACCACGCUGUCACACCUGGGAGCGCAGUGCGUCAUCGCUAGCAGGAAGUUGGACGUUCUGCAGAAAACAGCCGAAGAGAUCAGCAGCCAGACUGGAAACAAGGUCCACGCGGUUCAGUGUGAUGUCAAAGACCCUCAAGCUGUAUCAAGGUGCGUCAGUGAGAUGGAAACUCUGACAGGACUACCUGAUGUGAUCAUCAACAACGCAGCAGGAAACUUCAUCUGUCCGUCUGAACGUCUGACGGUUAACGGCUGGAAGAGCAUCACCGACAUCGUCCUCAACGGCACCGCCUACAUCACGCUGGAGCUGGGCAAGAGGCUGAUCCAGAGUCAGAAAGGUGCGUCCUUCCUCGCCAUCACCACCAUCUACGCUGAGUCUGGUUCUGGUUUCGUGGCUCCGAGCGCGUCAGCGAAGGCCGGCGUGGAGGCACUUUACAAGUCUCUGGCUGCAGAGUGGGGGCGCUACGGGAUGAGAUUCAACAUCAUCCAGCCUGGACCAAUCAAAACCAAGGGAGCGUUCAGCCGUUUGGAUCCGACCGGCGUGUUUGAGAAGCAGAUGGUGGGCCGGGUCCCGGUUGGUCGGUUCGGUCAGCCGGCAGAGAUCGCUAACCUGGCGGCGUACGUGAGCAGCGACUUCGCCACGUGGAUGUCAGGAGCCGUGAUCCGAUUGGACGGAGGAGAAUACGUGUCGAUGGCGGGAGAGUUUAACGAGCUGCGCAGGGUAACUCCGGAUCAAUGGACGAUGAUGGAGGCGAUGAUCAAAAGCACUAAAGGAUCCUAAAAACACUCCCACAGAACAGCCAAUCAGCUUUCGGUACUGUUGCCUUGGAGACAGCAGGACCCGCCCACCUGCUGACGGAAGAUUAUUUAGUUUUUUUAAAUUUAUGAUUUUUGAUAUAUUAAUACAUGAUUGAUUUAUCUGUGAUUAUUGAAACUAAACUGAUCUGCUGCUAAUAUCAGGGUGGACUGUUAGCUCGUAGCCUGUUAGCUCGUAGCCUGUUAGCUCGUAGCCUGUUAGCUUGUAAGUUGCUCUGUGUAAACUCAAACAUGUUUUAUAAUAAAAUCACCCUGACGUUGAA